CUAUGUAACAUUGUCCCUGGGGUAUCCCCUUACGUUGGGGUGGUCCUGCAUAUGAUAUACUAGUUUUCUGGGACUGUUUCACAGUGUACAAGAUCUGGGCCUGGUACUAACUUAACUCCAUUAGUCUAAUUCACUCUUUCAAGUUUAAAGUUAAUGGAAACCCAGAAGUUGACUCAAAUUUAUAAUACUUGUGUCCCCUUGUCUCAGAUUAUCACUGUAGAAGAGGCAAAACGUCGAAAGAGCAUUUGCAGUUACUAUGAGGAAGAUGAUGAUGACUCUUUACCUGUCCUAAAGCACCACAGCGCGCUCCUAGAGAAUAUGCACAUAGAACAGCUUGCCCGCUGUCUGCCAGCAAGAGUGCAGGGAUAUCCAUGGCGGCUUGCAUAUAGCACAUUGGAGCAUGGAACCAGCCUGAAAACUCUGUACAGGAAAUCAGCAUCUCUUGACAGUCCAGUCCUCCUUGUCAUCAAAGAUAUGGACAACCAGAUAUUUGGAGCAUAUGCAACACAUCCUUUCAGAUUUAGUGACCACUAUUACGGCACAGGCGAAACUUUCCUCUACACGUUUAGUCCAAACUUCAAGGUGUUUAAGUGGUCUGGAGAAAACACCUACUUUAUCAAUGGAGAUAUCAGCUCUCUAGAACUUGGAGGUGGAGGUGGUCGAUUUGGUUUAUGGCUAGAUGUUGAUUUGUAUCAUGGGCGAAGCAACUCCUGCAGCACCUUCAAUAAUGACAUCUUAUCCAAGAAAGAAGAUUUCAUAAUACAAGAUGUGGAAGUAUGGACAUUUGAGUGAAAUACGGCUUGCCUUAUGGACUGGGUUUGUUGAGGAUGCUGAAAGCUAAAUCCCAGCACAGGCUCCCUCACAACGCAACACUUUUUUUCUGAUAUCGUAGCAGAACACGACUACAUGAAAACAUUAAGACCCAAUUUUAAGAGGCAGAAAUGGAGAAAACAAUAAGAAGACUAGUGUGUGAGUGUUUUUACUCUCUUCCCACCAACAGUCCUUGAAUAAGGAAACAAGAUGUUUAUGAAGACAUUUAUGGUGUAUGAAUUUGUUUUAAACGGUUUUUUUAUUUUCUGUAACUGUGGAAAAAAUAUAUAUAGUACAUUCCAUGUGUAUUUAUAUUACAUAUAAGUGCUAACCAAAAAGAAACUCUACAACAUACUUUCUGUUUGCCAUGAAAACAAUAAUCAUCAUCUGAAAUAAUAGAUGAACACAGCACUUAAAGGGAACGUGGUUUUUUUUUUUAAAUCUUUUUAUUUAUUGUUAUUGUAUAGUACAUUUGUUUAAAAUGUAUUAGGUAUGUUUUUUUUCUUUUAAUGUUUAAAACCUCAGAAUUUGACAGAAAAAUACUGUUGAGGUAGUUUCCAUAUGUGUUGGCAACAAAUCCAUUUGAUUUCUAAAGUUAGUUUUAUAAUUUUUUUUUAUUUUGUAAAUGAAACUUUGUUUCUGUUUUGUUGUUGUUGCCCUAAUUUAGGGUUUUUGUUUUCUGGCAGAAACACUGAGUGCAUAAUUCUGGAUUUCUUUCAGAUGGUGAGAGGGAGGUGGGUGCUGUCAGCAUUCAUUAUUGACUCUGCUGCCAUCUUCCUAUUAAUUGGGUGUUCUACUGGCAAUAUAUGGGACAGCAGGGCACAUUCUUAGUUAGUGUAACUUGUCAUAGCUUCAUUGACUUCAGUAGAACUAUGACAGUUUAUACCAGCUCAGGAUCUGCCCCAGCAUGUUUAUACUCAUCAUUAAGAAAAUGUCUGAAAAGAAACACAGGUUGUUUUUCUCAGCCACUUGUUUGGUGGCACAGAAAACUAGCUCUGUUUCAUGAGUCUUACCCUACCCUUUUUUCUUUUUUUAAGAAAAUCUUGUUUUUUAAUAGGGGAGAAAAUAUAAUGUGAAAAGUGGGAAGGAAUGUUCUUUCCCAAGUAGGCCAUAUUAUGUUGAUAUAAGAACUGUUUUUCCUGGCAAUUGAUAUUUGGUUUCCUUCCUGAAAAAGGCUUGAACCAACAGGCUAACUUAUGCUUUUACAAGUAACUAAUUAUUUCUUUUUUGGUUUAAUGAAGUGGCAUUUAAACACAGACCAGAAUUUUUUCUCUUGCGGGACAUUUCAUUUGCGAAAAGCAGAGCUGAACUCUAAUCCAAGUAGUGCUGUGAAAACAUCGAUUGAUACAAAAGGUAACUGAAGGAAAUAAGAAAAUACUUUUUUCUUUAUGGUAUGUGACCAGUUCUGCCUUGUCAAAAAACAUAGCUUUGUGGGUGUUUUUGUUUAAAAAAAUUUAUUUAAAUGGUAAUUUCUGCAGGUAAGAAAGGAAUCUGUCCUGUUUCUAGAGUUCAAAGCAAAAUGUAACCACAUCAUACUGAAUCCAAUUAAUCUUAAAAGAAGUCAGGUUUUAGAACUGGUGUUGCACUUCCAUGCUCAAAAAAGCACUGUAAACACUUGGAAUAUUCCACUGAAGUAGUACAACUCCAGUUAGUUAUUACUCUUCACCCUCUUCUCCCAUCCCCCAGAAAUAAAAGGGAACAACUUAGAUGCCAAGUGUUUGGGAUUUUUUGUGUUUGAUGCUUUUGGGGAAAAAACAAAAUCAGUCUUAAGUCCACACAGAGGAUCCAUGCAGUUAAAAACUGAUGAUGUAAAAAUAAGAAGUCUGUAACACAGUGCACAUACGCUACUAACACUGUUUUCUUCCACUUGGCCUAUCCAUAAAAAAAAAAAGUUCUGAUGGAUUUAGCUGUAAGAUAUUUCAGAAACUGCUAAUAGCAUAGUGCUUUGAGAGAUUCUAGGAAUGUCUAAUAAUGUCUGCCAUUUUGGCCAGUUGCAUACCACUUACUAGUAACAAGCAAAAAAAUUGUCAUUUUACAUACCUAUCUCUCUUACUUAACUACAGUUUAUUCCAUUACUCUGUAUUUGUCAGAGCAUAUCUAAACGCUGUGUUCUAUAUUCAGCAGUGUUGUUCAUUCAAACUUCUGUGACCCUUUACACUUUAAACUAUGAAUCUUGAAUAUAUGUAAUGCAGUGCUAUCACAAUAUUUCAAUAAAGGAGUUUAUGCAUUCA